AUGACAUUCAUCAACCGAUGACUAUUCUCGACCAACCACAAAGAUAUCGGAACACUAUACCUAAUUUUUGGCGCAUGAGCCGGAAUAGUAGGUACCGCCCUAAGCCUCCUUAUUCGAGCAGAGCUAGGUCAACCCGGAGCCCUCCUAGGAGACGACCAAGUCUACAAUGUAGUCGUCACUGCUCAUGCUUUCGUAAUAAUCUUCUUCAUAGUCGUGCCCAUCAUAAUUGGGGGAUUCGGAAACUGACUAGUUCCCCUAAUAAUCGGAGCUCCAGACAUAGCAUUCCCCCGAAUAAACAACAUAAGUUUCUGACUACUGCCCCCAUCCUUCCUCCUCCUACUAGCAUCAUCUACAGUUGAAGCAGGAGCAGGCACAGGCUGAACCGUGUACCCCCCGCUAGCCGGCAACCUAGCCCACGCCGGAGCUUCAGUCGACCUGGCAAUUUUCUCCCUACACCUAGCCGGUAUCUCUUCAAUCCUAGGUGCAAUCAACUUCAUUACAACAGCAAUCAACAUAAAACCUCCUGCCCUCUCACAAUAUCAAACCCCACUAUUCGUUUGAUCAGUCCUAAUCACCGCAGUCCUACUGCUACUCUCUCUGCCAGUACUAGCUGCCGGUAUCACAAUACUCCUCACAGACCGUAACCUCAACACUACAUUCUUUGAUCCUGCAGGAGGAGGAGACCCUGUUUUAUACCAACACCUCUUCUGAUUCUUCGGACACCCAGAAGUCUACAUCCUAAUUCUCCCAGGAUUCGGAAUCAUCUCCCACGUAGUAACAUACUACGCCGGAAAAAAAGAACCUUUCGGCUACAUAGGAAUAGUAUGAGCAAUACUGUCCAUCGGAUUCCUAGGGUUCAUCGUCUGAGCCCACCACAUAUUCACAGUAGGCAUGGACGUUGACACUCGAGCAUACUUCACAUCCGCUACUAUAAUCAUCGCUAUUCCUACCGGCAUUAAAGUAUUCAGCUGACUGGCUACCUUACACGGAGGUACAAUCAAAUGAGAUCCCCCUAUACUAUGAGCCCUAGGCUUCAUCUUCCUAUUCACCAUUGGAGGGCUAACAGGAAUCGUACUGGCAAACUCCUCCCUGGACAUCGCCCUGCACGACACCUACUACGUAGUUGCCCACUUCCACUAUGUCCUAUCAAUAGGAGCAGUCUUUGCAAUCCUGGCAGGUUUCACACACUGAUUCCCUCUAUUUACCGGAUAUACCCUUCACUCAACAUGAGCCAAAGCCCACUUCGGAGUAAUAUUCGUAGGCGUGAACCUAACCUUCUUCCCCCAACACUUCCUAGGCCUAGCCGGUAUACCACGACGAUACUCAGACUACCCAGACGCCUACACACUAUGAAACGCCAUCUCCUCCGUAGGCUCACUAAUCUCCCUAACAGCCGUAAUUAUGCUAGUCUUCAUCAUCUGAGAAGCCUUCGCAUCAAAGCGUAAAGUCCUACAACCAGAGCUGACAAGCACAAACGUUGAAUGAAUCCACGGCUGCCCACCCCCCUUCCACACCUUCGAAGAACCAGCCUUCGUCCAAGUCCAAGAAAGG